CAUUGUUUAAGAGAAGGACAAUUUUGCCUAAGAGAUGAAAUGAUAGUUUGGAAAUCAAAAACCGAGUCAGCACUGUGUUCUGAUUUAAACUGAAUCCCUACGUAAUGAUACUUCGAAGUGCUAUGAAGUUCUGUCCUAAAUCGUUUGGUCCUAAUGUUUGAAAAUGAAUUUUUUAUCAAUUUACCCAUUUCUGCAUCGUUAAUGGGUUUAAAAAUGCCUAAGGAGUCUCGUCUAUAAGCGUCAUGUAAUAUAGCUUUCUCAAUUACCCCCCCGGGUACUAUGUGGUUAUUUAGCCAUUCUAAUGUAAGGGAUGUACAUGUUUCCUUGCUAGAUAUAAAAUUUGAAAGUGGUGUACUUAAUGUAGAAAUUGGUUGUGAUGCACGUGGAUUUGUAAAGGGGAUUGACUGUGUGAGUUGAAUAUGUGUGCCUAGAUAAGAUUGAUUUGCUGGCGACGAUGUGUUUGAGUUUAUUUGGGGGCCUAUUUGUGUAUCUAUUUGGGGACAGUUUGCGCAGAACCAGUCACCUUCAGGAAUGGCCUGCAAGAAAAGGCAAGAGGUGUGAUACCAAAUUAAACAUGCAUUACAUAGAAUCCACUCAUCUGUUCCAAUUGAUGAUGGUCCUGGGCAGCCCGAAACCGGGCAGAAAAGGUCCUCGAAAACGGGAUUCAAACCCUCGGUGGUAUGGGGGAGUGGUUAGGAGGAUGUGGGAGGAGGAAGUUUUCUUGGUUUGGUCCUCUUCUUCUGCUUAUUCCUCUUCUUUCUUGGUCCUGGAUGUGGUCGUGGUGAUGAUGAUGACGGCGGCGGCGGGGAUGACGACGAUGACAGCGGCAGCGGGGUUGACGACGAUGAAGAUGACAGCGGCAGCAGCGGGGACGAUGACGAUGACGGCGGCGGCGGGGACGAUGAAGAUGACAGCGGCAGCGGGGUUGACGACGAUGAAGAUGACAGCGGCAGCAGCGGGGACGAUGACGAUGACGGCGGCAGCGGGGACGACGAUGGCUGUGCAAUGAUUUUUCCGGUUUCAAUUCGGUAAAAUACUCCGUUGAAUGGUGAGCUUCUAUCGAGAUCGGACGACUCAACUUUCGCAAUUUGACUCCCACCGACAAAAUCUAACUGGGUGGAUCGGGAUGUUUCAUUAUGAGUCGAAACAGGACUCAAAUUUCACUAUUUUCUUCGUCGUCGCAUUGUCUCCAAGAAACAAGGGGAAACAGGGACUGAUUGAUCUACAGGAAAGUUAAUAAUUACCCACAAACGAAAAGUGUCUGCGUUUCGUCACUCAUUGAAGUAGUGCCUUAUCAAACGGAAUUAAUUGACCACUCGCUAUCCGACAAACUUAAAAUAUUCAGUGUUUCAUAAACUUUAAAAAUGUCCGGAGGACUGAAAAUGUUACACAGUGACAUAUCUCCGAGUAAAGAUAAUCUCAUCUUCUCCUCGCUGGAGGACCUCCAAAUUCCUUCCAUGGACAUGUCCGCCAACAAGAAUCACAACGCUGCUCAGGACUCCAAGGAGAAACUGACGCGAAACAACUCCCUCAAUUUGACCAAGAACAGUGCGAAAAGUGAAAACAAAGUGAAAACGCAUCACCGCACACGCACCUCGGACCACAUCCAAGUCCUUCCCGACCCCGACGCCCUUUAUCAAGCGAGGAGACAGCAUCAACACAAUUUGAUCCUCGUCCAGCAGCAGCAACAGCAGCAGAAAUCCAUCCUGAUUCGAAACGGCAGCAGUGGCGGGAUGGAGGGAGGCGGUGUUGGGAAGGGGGACGACCAUAAAAAUGAUUAUGACACGAUUGAAGAGGUCGAAAGCCAAUCUGAGCUGGGAUCUUCGGAGGGUGGUCGUCGUUACGCGGAUGACAAUGGACCACGCGUCGUCACGGUGGAUGAAGAAGUUGGAUCUUCGUGCUGUUGGGGAUUCAGGGAGAAACGCAGAUUAGAGCAGCUCCAACGGAAGAAAAAUAGUGAAAGGGUGGCCGAAUUUGAGAGGUUGCAAAAUUUGUACAAAUUGGAAGGAGACAGCAAGCGAAUUCUUAACUUGGGAUGGGAAGAACUUGUCCAGGCCUUGCAAAAAAGGGAACUUUCUGCAACUGCGGUUCUCGAAGCGUACGUUGCGAAGACGCUGGAAGCCACGUCCAAAUUUAAUAAUGUGACCGAGUUUAUUCCACAAGCUUUCGUCUGGGCGAAAGAGUUGGACAGUCUUCCCGAAGUUAAAGGUCCUCUCCAUGGGAUACCCUUCGCUGUGAAGGAUGACACAAACGUGGAGGGACAUGACACGACAUUGGGCUACGUGAAACGCUUAUAUCGCCCAGCUAAAGAAAGUGCUGUGUUGGUGAAAAGCCUGGUCGAUUUGGGGGCUUUGCCGUACUGUAAAACAAACGUACCUCAGACAUUAUUCACGUAUGGAAGUGACAAUCCUGUCUUUGGUGCCACAACAAAUUGCAUCAAUCCUAAAUUGAGUCCCGGUGGGUCGAGUAGUGGUACCGGAUCUCUUGUAGGGAGUCAUGGGUGUCCGUUCGGAACAGGCAGUGAUAUCGGUGGCAGCUUGAGAAUUCCUGCACAUUUCAAUGGAGUCGCUUCUAUCAAGCCAACAGUCGGAAGGCUAAGUAGCAAGGGAGUUGUUUCAUCUUUGCCAAACCUCAUGGGAUUAACUGCUGUUCCUGGAAUUAUCGGUCAAACCCCCACCAUCGUGUCCACCGUGUUUAAAGGAAUUUGCGAAAAUUUCAAGCAGCACAAGUACGACUCACGCAUUCCACCAAUUCCAUGGGAUAAUGCGUUGUUUCAAUCAAAGGAAAAGUUGCGAAUCGGUUAUCUCUCCUCCUUGCCAUACUUCCCGGCCAUGGGUGACACUGAAGAAGUCGUUCUUCGUGCAAAAUCCACCCUUGAGUCACUUGGCCAUACUCUGGUCCCCUUCGAAAUGCCGGACCCAUACAAAUACAUGAAUAUUCUGGCCAGAUUUUUACUCGCUGAUCAAAACCAACACUUUAACAAGUCCUUGAAGGGAGAAAAAAUCGCGCAAUCAGUCCAACUCGCCUAUUACUCUUCAUGGGUCCCGACCAGCAUACAACGCGUCCUGAGAAGCCUCAUGACUUCGAAACUUUUCCCCUUCAUGUACUCGAAACGAACCGCGGCCAUGUUUGGAGCUGGAGCUGUGAGUUCCAAAGAGUUGUGGGACAAUCAGGGCGAAAAGAAGAAAGUUAUCGAAGAAAUGCAUGCCGAAUGGGAGAGACUCGAACUUGACGCGGUCUUGUGUCCCCUCUUCCCUUUCGCAGCCCCACUAAUCAAUUAUCCCGGCCUUCUCCCAAUGGCCGUAUGCUACGCCAUGAUUUGGAAUUUGGUGGAUUACCCUGCUGGCGUCGUACCCUUUGGUCGUGAAAGUGGAAAGAAUUAUGAAAAUUUUGACGAUGAGGGUGACGUAGCGCUUAAAAUGGCUCACAAGGCUAUCCAAGAGUCGAUAGGAGCCCCAAUCGGCGUCCAAUGUGUCGCACUGCCAUACAAGGAAGAAAUUGUUUUAAGACUACUGACAGAGUUGGAACAGUUUUCUUACAAACACUGACGAUUAUUGUGAAACAGAGGCCUAUAUUAUGUGAUAGAAAAUUUAAACUUUUUUGAACUUUGUCUUUAUACAACUAUAUCUGUAUGUAGUUUCAGCUAAUGUAAUGGACAACUACACAGUUAUCUGUAAAUCUUUCAUCAUAUCGGAUUUGUAAAACUUUUAUGCAAGCAGUGUACUGCUAAAAACUAGGAAAGGAAUAGUUAGUGUCAUAAACUGUACAUAUUUAAUACAUACGAUACGUAAGCGAUAUGUCUAAAAAUGUAGUUUGUAACGUAUGACGCAUAAUAUACAUAUGCAACUGGUGCAUAAUAUCGAAUCGAAAUAAAAAUGUUUAUGGUAAACAUGA